AUGGAUUAUUUUCGCUCAGUAAACAUCAAUAACAUGGCUGAUUCAAUGAAGAAAUUCGGUGCCCAAACGGCAACUUUCUUCUCAAGGGCGAAACAGGUUUGUUACCUUAUACGCCAAGGUGUCUUAUCAUAGAGUCAUUUUUUUUCAACGAAUCUUUUAUUUGUUAGUACACAGAGGAACAACUGGGGACAUCAGAGAAAACUGUUUUUGAUGCCAGGUUUGAGUCGCUUGUGGAGAAGGCUGAUCGUACCAAGUAUUGGACAGAACGAUUGUUACGACAAACAGAAGCCUUGCUUCAGCCGAAUCCAGGUUUGUUUUGCAUGACUUUUUCUUGGUUCAGGUGAAAGUCGUAACAUAUUUUUGCAACUGUUAAAGCGGGCAAGGCAUUUUCUUUGGGACUCAAUAUUUCCAAGAAUAAAACUUCUUCAUAAAUUUUACAGGCUUAGCUUCGUGGCGUCGAUAAUCGUCUCAUGAAUAUAUUCAUGUGAUAAAAACUUUAUGUGGCAGAUAUCACUAGGCAAUUUACCGUUGUCUAAGUGAUUUUAGAUAAUUUCCUCCAGGGUCACUGUGUUAAAACCCUCGUGAGAUUAAUUGAAGUUAAGUAUUUUUAAGGGAAAAUUUUUUAAAACCAAGGAGGGUGAUUCUGAUAUUAUUUUAAUAACUUCAUUGGUAAUUUAAAAGUGGAAAUGGGCUAUUAUUUUAAUUCCGAACAAGCAUAAAAUUGUGUGUGCAUUUUGCCACAUUCGGGUAACUUGCAGUCUAAUAUUCUGAGAAAGUGAAAACCGGAAGUCGAAAUUUAGCGUUCACGUCAACAAAUCUAACAUCAGUUUCUUUUUUUGGUCGGGGCACGGGGGUGGGGGAGGAGGAGGGCCUUUGAAAAUUCAGCUCCCUGAGCUAAAUUUUUUUUCAUCUGUAGCAAAAUGUAAAAUGAUUAUAGUAAUCUGGAUGAUGUAUAAAGGUUGUGUAUCAAGAUCAUUUGACAUAUUAUUGCACCAACAGAAUUUUUGUCUAGCAGUUACAAUCUGAAUGUUAUUUACAUGUAAAGCAAAAAAUCAAUAAAAUUUGUCAUUAUUCUAGAAUGUUUCAUGUACAUAACAUCAUAAGAAAAAAUAUCAACAUUUCAAUGCAAAGAUUAAACACCUUAAUAUAAAGAAUAGGGAAAAUCCAUAAAAAAUGAAGAGCAACAAUGAUUUUUAAGCAAGGCAUGUUUUGAUCGAUCUUUGAUAAUUUUCAGUUGUUAAUGGUAAUUUAACUUUUAAAGUAACAAUGGUGAUGGGUAUCUGAGUUGACAAUGGCAUUUAAGAACUUAUGAGCAAAAUUUAUUAGUAAACGCGAAAUAUCAAUAUUCUGCAUACAAGGGAAAACAUUAUUCAAAGAAAAUCUAGUAAACCUACUCUGUAUACAAUGUAAAUGUUAAAAUCUGUUCAAAUGUUUAAUUUGCAUAAAAAGGAUUUAAAACAUUAAGGUUAUAUGGUUCUCUUUUUAUGUUUUUGUGGAAAGCUUGAUGUCGCACACUCACUAAUACCACAUGUAACAUUAAUAUAAAAAGUUUAAUAAUUACAAGUUAACUUCAGGUCAAUUCACAUCAUGUAUCACCAUUUAUUGCAAUUUCAAGCCUCUGAAGAUGAUCAAAAAUCAAUCAAAACAUGUUUUGCUAAAAAAUCAAAGUUGUUGUUUACUAUUAUCAGAUUCUUGAUUCUUCUACUAUUAUCAAGACCAUUUAAUAUUAAUUUUAAUUUGUAUUGUGCAAUUACUGUAUCAAUAUAAAAAUUUUCAAUUGUACAUAAAAAAUUUAUAAAUUUAUUUUGAAAUUUAUAAUUGGCAAGCUAUCAAAAAGUGUUUUAGACCAUUUAGAAUAAGAAAGGUUGUGUUUCACUUAUGAAAAACAAAAUUUCAAUGUUAAAUCAUCUACAUGUAUCAUGGUCUUGUAUUGUGGAUGAAAAUGUGUGAGAUUAGAUAUGACUUAACAAAGAUGCUAUGAUCAAGUUGAUUGACCUGAUGUAAAAACAUCAAGUAAGGCUCUGUGACUCCCGAUGAUUUUGACAAUUAAAAACUGAUCAAAACUCAAAAGUUUUGCUUCUAUUAAAGUGAAAGGAUUUUGAUCCCACUUCAAAGUGGAUCAAUACAGUGCUUUACCUCAGGUGUAGCGGUUUUGUUUCCAGAUAGAUAAAAGUUAUUAGGGAAAAAUGACAUGAAUGAAACAAUUUAUAUUAGAUGUUUUUUUAACCAAUUUUAACUAGACUGCGAACAGUCCGUCUUUUCUCUUAAGAUCCGUCGAGUUCUCAGACAUGGUGUGUUUUGGCACAGAGAACGCUUUAAACAAAGGGACUGGGGCGAGGCAAGAAAAUUCCUUCGUCUUGGGCUUACGCCCUCAUUUCUCACGGCUCGCGGCUUCGCCGCUCGCCCCUCACGCGUCCCACACCAGCAACUUUGAAGAAAAUAAGAGACUGCUCGCAGUCUAAAUUUUGACAUGAUUAUUUGAAUCUGUUCCAGCAAAAUUGUGACACAUGUUCUUUUUGCAUGAAGCCCUUUACUGUCUGUCUGUUUCAUUAUUUAUUGUUUGUUUAUUUUCGGUUGUGGUUUCUUCAACCAGUCAGAUUGUGGUGGAAUAUUUUGAUAUAAAUUAUAAAUAUUGAUGAAUUAUAAAGUAACCUGAAUUGCCAAAUAUCUCUGUUUUGUAGAUCUGAUUGAAAUUUUGUAUUCACAUAUGCUGAAUCUAAUGCAAAUGAGUGAGAACAGUAGAUUUUCCUUGUAGGCAUUAAAUUAUCUGGUACAUGUGAAAUGUGUGGUUUGAACCAGGCCUAGAUAUAAAGAUUCUUUAUUUUUGCUGGUGGUUGCUGAGGCUUUGAAUUAAUUUGGAAUUAAUUUAUCAAAUCCUCAUAAACUAGCUCUCAUACUCAAACUACGCUCACAUGAAAUCUCUCAGAAAAUCAAUCAUGAUUGUAUAAAAUAAUUGAAUGGAAACCUGUGAAAAGAUACUUUUUUUAUCUUCUCAUGUUGAGAAUACCUUACAUACAGUGUAUACAAUUCCCUUUACUCACAUUUGUAUAGUCACAUUGUCAAUGCUCAAAGAAAAAUUCUGUCUAUGUGUAGGGUGCAAAGAAAGUCAGUUUUACAGCCUGCCAUUCGGGCAAACUGUAGCUAGCAUGUACUAGCCACAAGUCAUUUCAACUAGCCCAAACCCUUUUUGAUUAGCAAGAUUGAUUACAAUCCUUCUGUAAUUUGAAUUUCCCCCAAAAAACAGCGCUUGCCCGUCGGGCAAGUUAAGAACAAAAAUCACUAGCCCGAUAGCAAAAUCCACUAGCCCCAGGCUAUCAGACACGACUUUCUUUGCACGCUGUCUGUGUGUGGUCAUGUUAUAAAUAUAUUUCUCUGUGUCUAUUUAUAAUGUAGGCAUGAGAGCUGAAGAAUUUGUAUAUGAGAAGCUGGACAAACCAAAACCCCCUCGACUGACAGAGAGUGAAACACUUGGCCAAUCCAUGAUUGAGGCUGGGAAUGACUUUGGUCCUGGAACCAAUUAUGGUGAGAUAUAUAGAUUACAAUAUAACACUUUUUAAAAUACCUAUAACAGUACAGCUGUAAUAAGUUGAGCCCAUUUACAUGUACUUAGACUUUCUCAAAGUCCUUUGCUUCUCAUUUCCGGUUGCGGUAGUUGGCCCCAGCGCGAAGGACUUCUAUCCCCUGCAGUGGCCAAAUUUACAGGUGGAAUUUUCCUCCAGUGGGUUUUAUCCAAUCACGAAUGGUUUUACUGAUGGGCCGUCAAUAAAACCCAAUCAUGCCACAUUAAACGUGACUUGAACUGUUUUGAUCCAAAUUCAAUUGAACUGUGUAUUUUUUGUGGGCUGUAUUUCGAUUUCGUUUUAUUGCCUGUAUUCAAAUACAAAGCUUUACUGGGUGUUUUAUCUUCCUCCAUUUGAGUACUUUACCAAGGCCGGAUUUUCCUGGAAAAAAAUUACGGACUUUUUUGUUUUUGUUUUGUUUUUAUGCUUCCUUUCAUGGCCAAGCAAACCUUGCAACGAUUCUUAUGUACUUAAACUCGACUGAAUAAUAAUGAAGGGCCAGGCCCAAAAACAUGUGGAGACUAAACUCACAAAUAUCACAAGAAGGCACUUUUGUUCAUUACCCAAUUUUUUUAUUGAGCGUUCCUUUAAUACUUUAUUUACUUUCUCUUAUCGGAAGUUUGUUUCCGUUUUUUGUUUGUUUUGACAUACUCUGACAGCUCAUGAUGACACGUGACAGGAACACAAUUAGUUCACACCAAAAUGACGUCACUUGAUCUGAUUUUUUGCAGCGGAUACAAGUCAAGCUGUCACUCUCUCGCUCACUUUUGCCACAGAAAACAUAAAAAAUCUGCCGCUCGUGCUUCACACUUGUGAAAAAAUUUGAGCUUGACUUGUAGUUAAGUCUGACAUGUACUGUGUAUUAUUAUGAUUAUGAGCUACAGCAUAUGGUAAACAUUACUAAUGUAAUUUUUGUAUGUGUACAUGUAUUUCCAUUGAUAUACAUAUGUACUUUGUGAACCUUAUGUAUUUUUCUAUGUCUGCCAUAUUACUGUUGUGAUAUUAGUGUUUGUCUAGGCCUCAAUAUUGAGAAGCAGUCCCAUAUAUGCCAACUAUCAUUUCUUUUUUUUUUACGUCUUAGGAAGUGCAUUAGUAAAGUGUGGCGAAACAGAAAAGAAGAUUGGUCAAGCAGGAAGAGAGUUAAAAGCCAAGUCCAUGACAAACUUUCUUCACCAGCUGAAGACAUUUUUGGAAGGAGAUAUGAAAACAAUUGCUGUAAGUACACUGACAUUCUACGUUUGUACAGUAGUGUAAUUUUAUAAUGAGUUCACUACCAUGUUAAUUCUGCAGUGUUGCUACUGAAAUUCUACCCUCACCUUUAGGUCGUACAUAAUUAUGUGUCAUCAUCAUCAUCAUCAUCAUUUGUCCACUCAAACUCAGUGUUUGAGAGGUCGUCACUUGUUUCCGUGCGCCAAACUGACAUUUUCCUCUCAGUGGCUCUCACAAGACAUUUCACUUUUCUUAAAUGAAAUUUCUCUGUCUCUUGAAUUUUCUGUUCAUAAAAGUCUAAGUCUCUUCAAUUUUUAAGGGAAAAAAAAUUAAAAGUGGUACGAGUAGGAUUCAAUCUUGGAGCAUCGGCUCUGCAGUGCAUUACUUUAACCCCUACACCACCGAGGAUUUCCUGACAAUGAAUGGUUUGAUUUGAAUAUAUAUAGCAACAACUGUAACCCUAACCCUAACCCUAACCCUGACCCUAACCCUAACCCUAACCCUAACCCUUACUUUGUGUACGAAUCAUUAAUCUGUCAACAUCAGUUUGGCGGAUGGAAAUAAGUGUUGACCCGUUUGAGAUGGGCCCUGUGUCUGAUACAACUAAGAAACGUAUACUGUACUGUAUGUACUUUUUUUUCAGCCCGGCAAAACGGCUGUACAUUUUCCUCUAAGAAACCCGGUUAAUGCAGUCACCUAUUAAUAAAAGCCAUUGGCCACAUUCCCAAAUAGUAGAAUCUUUUAUAAAGAGAACAGUUGUUCAAGAAGUGCCAAUCCAAUGUAUGGUGUAUUUGUCAUUACCGCCCUUAAGUAAUGAAAUUUGACCCUGCCCAGUUGUAAUAUGGCCACCCUUUUAGUACAGCCAAUUUUUUAAAAAUUUUUUUGACCAUUGGUGACCAUAUUAACAGGUUUAUUAACGGGUUAUGCAUGGUCAUAACAUGUUUUCAUAGUAUACACUGUAUUAAAUUAAAGGUGGCUUAUAACAUGUAUUUUUAUGAUCUGUGUUUAGAAAGAACGAAGGACACUGUUGGCAAAACGAUUAGACUUGGAUGCAUGUAAAACCAAAGUACGAAAGGCUCAGAGCCCGGAAAAGAUACAACAGGUAAAAACGGUGUAUUUAGACAGCAAGCAGUCUCUCUUUUGCUCAAAAAUCUGUAAGCAAGAGUAUUUGAGCAGGGAAGUCGCUCGAGUUGCAAAGGUGCGAGUUGAGAAGGUGCGAAUACUUCGCUCGUAUUCGUACCUUCUCAACUCGCGCCCUGGAAACUUGCACAACUUCGCUGCUCAAAUACCCUUGCUUACAGAUUUUUGAGCAAAAGAGAGACUACUCGCAGUCUAUGGGGUAUUGUACAUCGCCCUAACUACAAGAAGAUGACCAAAAAUUAUUGUCACUUUCGAGAUUGCAUGAGCAUCAACACGUGUUGGACACUGUCAUUUUCAUUACAUGUAAUUCUCAAUAGUUUAGUCCUAAACAUUAUUAAUUUUUCUUCUAAAGAUAAACAUUACACAAGCAUUCAUAACAUGAUGAGUUCUUAAUAUCUGAACAGGUCACAUUCAAAUGCUUGACAAAAGGUCUCUUUCUUCCUGAUGACAAAGCGGAAAAGGUGACAUUUUGUAACUGUUGUUCUUUCACUUGGCACCUGUGGGGGUGGCUCUUUCCACCUUAAACUUGUUUUGCUUUAAUUUGCUUUCUUGCAAGUUUUUCACUUGUCUUUAAUUUAGUUGUUAUGAGCAAAUGUGGUUUCAUUUAGAUUGCUUAAUGAUGUGCUAUUUUUUCAUAACAUACCUGACCAAUGCAUCUAUUUAUGUGAGUAAAAUGAAAUGAAAUGAAGCUGUCAAAUGACCCUUAUCUUUCCUUUUUUGAUGCAAAACAAUUAUGAAAACAAGCAUGUGGCACCUAGUUUAAAAAGUUAAAUCCAGUUGAUUAAACACAAAGUUAAAAUAAUGCAUUAUUAUAAUUUUCUUUUCAUUUUUUUAUGCUUUGUGAGUUAUAGCAUUGGUUUUGUCAUGUUAAAUUUAAAUUUUGUUACUCAAGUUUACCAGAUUUGAACAAUGUGAAAGCUGUUUUGCUGUACUGACUUGCAUGAUACUGGUAUCAUAUCAAAAUAAUAAAAUUCUUUGUUUUUUCUAUUAAAUGCAGGAAGAAUGAUUUUAAUGGUUACUUUUAAAUUUAAGGCAUCGCCUCAGAUAUACUUUAACUGGCUGACAACUCAAACCACAAUACAGCUCUAAACAUAUUAAAUAUAAUGAUAUUUAUCCAACCUUAUUCCUCGGUUUAUCACUGCUUUCCUGACAACCAAUAACACUCAUUUAACUUGUUAAAGUUUAUGCAAUGUCUUUUAAAGUGAGUUCUUUCCUUCCAAACUGUCUUUAUUCCUGUAUAAAUCCUCUAAACUGUAGAUGUAUUCAUCACGGAACUUGGUUGUAAUCACUGAGUUGGAUAAGGUGAGUAUUCUUGAAGUAAGAUCCUUUGCCUUCUAUUCUUCAGUGCUGUCAAUGCUCUUUUCCUUAUUUCAGCUCUUUCCUCAUGCUUAAUCAAACAUCUCUUGAAUGAUGUGUCAGUAAUUCUAAAAUCCUCAUAGGCUCUGAUGUGUAAUUUGAUACCCAGUGAGAUCAAGCAGAAAAUCGCGGAAUAAUCCUUGGAAGAGGCCAAUAACAAUUUAAUAAGAGAUGGGUGACCUCUUGUCUUCCCUCACAUUUAAUGCAGCAAGGAAGAAAAAAGUUCCAUGUUGAAUGACUGUAACUGUUUUCUCGUUUAAAAUGGAACAUGUAUUCACAGGUUCUAAAUGUAAACAACUGUACAUUGGACUAGGACUACAGUGUCAGAAUGGGGGGUCCUGCAUGUGGUAACUACAUUAUAUAAAAAGACAAGACAGCAACAUUGUUAGCCUGUGUAGCUGGCAGGAUUCUUGUGAGUACUUUAACAGCACUCCCAUGCUAAACCCGCCAGCUAUUGCAGGCUACAGCAUUGUUUAUUGGUUCAUGUAAUACACACGUGCACUGAAAUGGUAGUCAACUUAGAAACUCACUGUUACAUGUAGGUUCUGUUCACACACAAACAAUAAUGUUGUACAGUGCUUGCAGUGGGAAAUUUUCUAAUCUUCAUGUAUCAUUUACUUUUCUUUACAAUGUUAUUUUCCUAGGCUGAAGCAGAUUUGCGAGUGUGUCAAGCGGAGUUUGACAGGCAAUAUGAAGUUACAAAACUUCUGUUGGAUGGAAUUAGCACUGCACAUGUGAGUACUGUAGACUUUUUUCUCGGUGGAACUUAAUAUUUCCUAUAAUGCUAGUGUGGCUAAAUAAUAAUGUACUCUUAACUUGUCGACACUUCAACCAUUAAACAUCAUGUACAAGGAAAGAGUUAAGAAGAAAGUACAUAGAGCAUGAACUCCUUGUACAAGCAAAGGUAACCUGAGGUCAGGCUCUAGUUUCUUCUUGCUUGAUAGAUAUAAUUCCACCAGUAAAAUUUUAGUGUGACAACAUAAUGGAGAGAAUUCAUGAGAGCUGCUCUCCCUGGCCUGAUAUCAGGGUUUGUACUACACUAUUAGCGAAGCUCCAUGUGCGCAAGUGGAGCCACAUAGCUGAGAAAAUUUGGUUGUCUAUUCAUCUGAGAAAUUUUGGUAGUAUUAGGUGACCAUAGGUCCUUCCUUCCGACUGUCUGUCCGUCCACCCAUCUGUUCCCAACACAGGGACCCCAAUAUAGCUACUGUAGCUAGUGAAGGAGCCUGCGACCUCAUUUUGCACAUCAGUGUUGUGGUCAAUUGACAACUGUCAAAACAGCUGAGCGGUAUCACAUGACCAUAUCGCGGGUUUAGGUGUUGACCCAUCGAGGUUCAAGUUCUUUUUAGGUUAUCCACUGACAAAUAAAUAGUUUUCAACUGAUCCCAGGUUCGACUCCAGGUGGAUUUCUUUGCGAUGGUAAAAAGUUUAUUGUUUAAAGUGAAUUAUAAAUUCUUGAACAGGAGCUUUACUUUUAGCCUUGGGUUAAUCAAAAUAUUACAUUGCGCUGAAAAGGCUUCACAGCAAACAAGUGAAUAAGUUAAUGAUUGCUGUGUGAUUGUUAAUGUUUUCAGGCCAAUCACCACCGUGCUCUUAUGAACUUUGUGGAAGCUCAGGCACAGUAUUAUGCCCAGUGCCAUUCAUACAUGACAGAGCUACAAAAACAACUUGCAAGGUACCCAGCCAGUUAGCUAAAUCCAAAAGCUUGGCUUCAGUUUGUGAAGGUUUUGUAUAUAAAUGCCAUUCCCUUGUUUUACCAACAGUGUGUUCAAAAGGUUUCAAACGUGAGAUAAAAGCUUGCUGUUUCUCGUAUUUGUGUUCCUUCCUCUCUUGCUGUCUUAAUUUCUGAAUUAUUUCUACCUUUGUUCAUCUGUUAAAUUUUUGCUUUUGGUAAACACUCUCUCAUUAUCAAGAACGAGGCUUCAAGGACAUAGUAAUUCUCUCUGUAAUGUAAUCAGGACUGUCAAUGUUCAGUGCUUGUAGUAACCAAUGAUAUGGAAAAUGUACCCAGGGAAAGUGGUUGCUGGUGUAACUGGUGUUUAGUUUUUGUCUAUCAGCGUAGGCCGUGAUCAAAUUAACCAAUCGACAACAAUUUUCCUUGGUCUACACUGACGUCGAAAUGUUCAAACUUCAAGCGGAACCUCAACCAUGAGCCACAGCUGAGAUGUUUCACUGCAAAGUUUUGAACAUUUUGACGUUAUUUGCAUGGUCGACCAGAGUAUAGGCGAUGAAAAAUUGUUGUCGUUUUGUCUUCUCAAAUACGAAUUAAGUCCAUUUCCGUUGGACUAGUUUUCUGAAAAUCGCGCGCGAGAGAUAAAGAAAAAAAAAUUGCGCCACUAUCAUAUAAUUUCCAAAGUCUGUAUUCUUUUCUACCAUAGCUCUCGACCAAAGAGCGUGCAAGAAAUUGCUCUUUUAUUAUAAACUACCCCUUGUAAAAAACCUAGCACCUGUGUAGAUAAAGCGUUAGAAACUGGCCAGGGAUACAUACUUGCAUGUUAACAACUCGUUGGCUUAAAAAAAUAUAUAUAUGGACCGUUUCUGCACCGCUCUGGUCUUUAUCAUAGAACAAGGUCUGAUACUGAAAAUUAUUUCAGUCCGCCAGGUGACGCGACUAUCCCCCUAGCCCCUCCCUCUGCGUCAUUGCCUAUUGAUAGCUCCAGAUCACUGGACCCUAACACUGUUCCCAGGCCGGCUCUGACAAGGAAGGCUAAAGUACUCUAUGAUUAUGACGCGGCUGACAAGAAUGAGCUCUCUUUGCUUGCUGACGAGGUCAGUGUCACGGCUUAGUUGCUUCUGUUUUCUUGUAACUCGAACUUGUUGGUCACUUGGGGCGAGUGACUGAUGUGAUCACUAAGAACACUUUCUUGUUGUUCCGUAAUCAGGGUCUCUCUUCUUGCACGGCGGCUCAUUAAAAGAAUUUUAAUUUGUAUCCAUUUUCACCCCUCAGCUUUAACUUUACUUGUCGUCAAGACAUUUUAAUCCAUACAGACAUUUAAAGCUUUUGCUUGAACAUCUUAAAACUAUAGCCUGACAAGACCGCCGAUAUUUCGCGAUGCAUCAAUGCUUUCCCCGCGAAAUGACGUCUGAGAAACGACUGCAGAAAUUCCAUCCUGAAAUUAUGUGUCAUUGCCCAGAUGUUUCCUCACGGUACGACUUAUGACUAUCUUUUUUUUCAUUUUUCAGGUAAUCACCGUUUACAGUGCUCCGGGUUUAGAUUCUGAUUGGAUGAUUGGAGAGCGAGGGAGCCAAAGAGGAAAAGUUCCUCUAACUUACCUAGAGCUACUUAAUUAA